GCCCUUCCUCUCCGAUGGUUCACGUUAGAGGUCUAGUCACGCCGCCCGUGUCUCCUCAGGUCUCCCUCCCUCGCCUCGUGCCCAUCUUGAGCCGCAGGCCUUCACUCUUGCCGUCCAGCCGGUCCAAGGCUGGCCUGUCAAAAGCCAGCUGGGCCCUUUGGCUCUGGGCUCUACAUCAGAUCAUAGGGGACUAACAUGCACGGACGGACGGACUAGAACCUCCGCCCCUACUGACUGAAAGUUGACUUCAUUAUUGAUCGGACCAACCAUUAUAGACUCUCCAAGAUGGCAGAUUUGCAUUCACGAAUGAUUUUGUUGUUCUUUGGUGAUGGGUAUUCCAAUGAAGAAAUUACCUUCUCUUUGGUACGGAUCGGCACGAUAUUUAUGGUGUUGCAAUUCCUGAUAUCGUUGUUCAGACCGGUGCCGUAUGGUCGAUACACGGAAGAAUCCCCGCGAUUCUUAACAUUGUUUAAUAUCAACAAUCGGUUGGCAUGGAUUGUCCAGGAAUGUCCGGCUUUCUUCAUUCCCUUAGUGUUUGCGGUGCAAGCUCGGAAGGAGCUUUGUCUUCCUCAAUGGAUUCUCCUGUCUGCCUUCAUGUUGCACUACUUUCAAAGGAGCUUUAUCUAUCCACUUUUGAUGCGAAGCAACAACGCCUCGCCAUUUUUGUCCACCUUAGCAGCCGUGUUUUUUUGUUCGCACAAUGGCAUCCUCCAAUCCCACACCAUUAUAUACACGGUCAACUAUUGUGAGACAGAACUGAUGUCUUCUUGGUUUAUCGGGGGGUUGGCACUGUUUGCAUUUGGUUUCGUCGUCAAUAUCGAUGCAGAUCAUCGGCUUCGACUUUUGCGUUCGUCAAAAGAGAGCGCUAAGGGUGGAAAAAGCGGCUACAAGAUUCCACAUGGUGGACUCUUCCGAUUUGUGUCGGCGGCGAAUUACUUUGGAGAAAUAUGCGAAUGGGCGGGUUAUGCAAUAGCCGCCAGAAACAUUGCCGCUCUCUAUUUUGCCGCAUUUUCUUUGGUCUUCCUUGGAAUGAGAGGUCUCCAUCAUCAUAGAUUUUACCAAACUAAAUUUAAGGAAUACCCGCGGAAUAGAAAAGCCGUGAUUCCGUUCAUCCUGUGAUGUAGGCAUCAUAGCCAACAAAAGUAUGUUCUUUCGAACGCGGCGCUAUUCGUACUCUCAUGAAUGAAUCAAACUCGAAACAGGAGAUCUUAGUGAUUAAAAACACGAUUAUUUUGACCAUAUGUGAUGAAAUACAAUGUGAAUCAGAUUGAAA